UGCCAAUAAGAAACACGACACGAGAGAGAUUUGUUUGAAUAGGAAGGAGACAGAAUUGACACCCUCCCGGAAUUACAGGGCGUCACCGGCAGCCACCCUCUCUCUCUUCUUUCUCUCUUUCUCUCUCUUCGUACUCUCGCAGUGGCAGCGUAGCUGCAGCUGCUACUGCAACUUUUGCAGCAAAUCACAGAGGAUUAAAGACGAAAUUCAAUCAACACCCCAUCAAAAGAUGUGAUUUUGAUGUGUAUCUAUGUGCAAUUAUGCAAACAACCUUUACUUUUAGAGAGAGAAAGCGAGAGAAGAAAGAGAGUAUUUAAGAAAGUUUCUUUCUUUUGUGUUUUUCCACUUUCAUGAAUUGCGAAUUUGUUUCCGGGUUUGUUAAAGAAAAGAGAUUCUGAGAUGAUGUGUGGUUUAAUCGAUCUGAACACCGUUAACGACGAUGAUACCGAUGAGGUUUCCACGUCGUCAUCGUCUUCUAACGCAUCUGGUUCUAUCACUGUUCCUGCUCCUGCUCCGGCGCCAGUGAGUUCUGACUUUACUCCGGUGGUGUGCUGUUUGGAGUUGUGGCACGCUUGUGCCGGACCUCUGAUAUCGCUACCGAAGAAAGGAAACGCCGUUGUGUACUGCCCUCAAGGUCACCUCGAACAGCUACAAUCCAGCGGCGAUUGUCCCACCUCCGGCGACUGUAAUCUCCCCCCUCACGUGUUUUGCUGUGUUCUUGACGUCAAGCUUCACGCUGAAGCUGGAACUGACGAUGUUUACGCUCAAGUUUCCUUGAUUCAAGAUCCUCAGCUUGAGCAGAAAUGGCGUGAAGGUGGUCGGAAAGUCGAAUCAGCGGAGGACGACAACGCCGUGGCUGAAAAGUCGACAACGCCGCAUAUGUUCUGCAAGACACUCACCGCCUCCGAUACCAGCACCCACGGCGGCUUCUCCGUCCCCCGUCGUGCCGCCGAGGACUGCUUUCCGCCACUGGAUUAUAAACAACAGAGGCCUUCACAAGAGCUUGUAGCCAAAGAUCUUCAUGGGACCGAAUGGAAAUUCCGACAUAUCUACCGAGGACAGCCUCGGAGGCAUUUGCUAACGACUGGUUGGAGUGCGUUCGUGAACAAGAAGAAGCUUGUGUGCGGAGAUGCGGUUCUUUUUCUCAGGGGUGAUGAUGGAGUAUUAAGGUUGGGGAUCCGAAGAGCGAUUCAAGCAAAGGUGGCUUCGAGUUUACCAAAGUUUUGUAGUCUUCAGAUGAAUGACUUUGCGACUGUGGUCAAUUCCAUUUCUAGACGAACUGUUUUCAACGUCUAUUAUAAUCCAAGGGGUGGUUCAUCAGAGUGCAUCGUGCCAUACAACCGGUUCCUAAAAAGCCUUUCCAUUACAUUCUCUCCCGGAAUGCGGUUCAAAAUGCGACUCGAAACAGAAGAUUCAGGAGACCAAAGAUCUACAGGAACCGUGACCGGGGUUAGCGAAAUCGAUCCCGCUAGGUGGCCCGGAUCUAAAUGGCGAUGCCUAACGGUACGAUGGGACGGUGUGGAAGUUCCAAGGCAAAAUAGGGUUUCUCCAUGGGAAAUCGAGCGAUUGGGUCCCGUUUCGGAAAUCGGAAGCUUCGUGUCACCGAUAUCGAAAAGGACACGUACCGGUUUUCCCGUUCUCAAAGAUCGGACAACCUCGGACUUGGGGGAAUCUAUGAGGUUCCACAAGGUCUUGCAAGGUCAAGAAAUUUACGGGUUUUACCCUUCAAAUAACAUCAGAAAUCAAACAAGUGUAGGCUUUGGUGAAUCUUUAAGAUUCAAUCCGGUCUUGCAAGGUCAAGAAAUAACUUCAAACGGAAAUUUAUGGAGUCAGCCGUCGAGGGCGUUUUCGUCAUCUUCACCUUCAUCGGUUUUAAGGUUUCCGCAACCGAUUGGUCGGGUUCCCGACGGUUAUCCGGUACAUCAUGUUGAUAAUGUGAAGGCUUUUAAUGAUCAAAGCCGUCGAGUUUUUGUUAGUCCGAUGAAGAAGCUUCCGGAAGAACCGGGUUCGACGGCUAAGAAUAGUUGCCGGCUGUUUGGGUUCUCGUUGACCGAAGGUAUGGAAGCUUCUCGGUGUCCAAAUGAGGAUUUAGUACAUGCAAAAGGGCCUUUAGGGAGUUGUACGAAUGAGAGGGUUUAUCCAUGGUGUCGAUCAAAUGAUGGUUGUGUACAAGGAUUGUGAAGAUGGUUUGACUCUUGUUAGUGGCUAGAUGGAAGCUUUAGGGAACUUUGGAGAUAUGGUUUGUGGCAGGAGGUGAAGUGAAGUGGUGGUAUUGUGGUUGACUUUUUGUUGUAGUUUGACUUUAGUAGUAUUAGUAUUGGUUUUGUUUAAAAGAAAAUGCUUAAUGAUUAACAUGUACUUAGGAUGAAUAUUAGGUCAUGAAUUCAACAAUGGGCAUUUAUAAUAUAAGAAAAAAAAAUCCAUGUCAACCAACUCAAAAAUUAAAUAAUCAG